ACAAUAUUAAUAAUAAUUUAGAAUAAAAAAAUAAAUAUAAGUUACACUUAGAGAUUGAAUUUUACAAUUUUCGUAACGAAAAAAGCAAUUUCCCUAUUUUGUUUGAAGCAAUAAGGUAAUGAAGUCAAAUGUGAACCCGACAGAGAAAACGAAAGAAAUAGAAAUGAAAUAACCGUUUGGCGGUUAGCAUAUCAUCUUCUCCAUGCCCAAAGCAAAAAGGAAGAAACUUUGAAAACCCUAACGCGAAUCGAUUCCCAUUUUCCAAUCCUUUGAAAUCCGGCAAAAGACGAUAUGAUUAUGGGUUCAUUGUUACAUGAUUUCAAUUCCUCCAUAAAAAUCCCCAGAAUUUGUAUUCUCUCCAUAAUGUUCUUCUUCUUCUUCGUAAAAGCACAAUCUUUUCCUCCGGCGAACCUCAACGAAACCUCGACGGCGGCGCCGCCGUCAGUCUACCAGCUCCUUUCCGCCUACGCCCUUCCCAUGGGGCUGUUUCCGGAGGGCAUUCUCGACUUUUACCUCGACAACGUCUCCGGCCGCUUCGAGCUCCGCCUCUCCCACUCCUGCGCCGCCGAGUUCGAGACCCCUGUCUGGUAUGACGUCACCGUGUCCGGAACCCUAAGCUACGGCCAGAUCUCCGACCUCUCCGGCGUCGCCGCCCAGGAGCUUUUCCUUUGGCUCCCCGCCAAGUCCAUUCGGGUCGACAUCCCUAGCUCCGGUUUGAUUUAUUUCGAUGUCGGCGUAGUUAACAAACAAUUCUCGCUCUCCUUUUUCGAGACGCCGCGUGUUUGCACCUUCCUAGAUAACGACGAGGCGCCUUCUUGGUCUUCAGGAGACCUCGUAUCAAUCGAAGAUCUUUUUCGGAUAAUCGAGACUAAAUCAGGGAAGGAGCUGAAGCAGCAUUAUCAAGAGGACGCGGGGAGAGCUGUUUCCUAACUUGUUGCAGGAAGAGUAAAGCGUUAAGUGCCUCGGUGGGGUACUUUGGGAACUUUCCUUCUACCCCGAGUGCUUUGAAGAAUGGAGAAUCGACAUGUUACUGACUCAUCGCGUUGCAGCUUUCACCUGCGCUGAUGCAUCUCCAUUUGCUUUGUUCAUGGUUGGCAGUUUUUUUUUUUUUUUUUUUUUUAACCUAAGAGGGAAACACAAAGGUAACCGGAAACUGGUUUUAGGUGUUGUUGAUAAUGUACAGUUGAUAUCUUAGUAUGUAAGUAACAUUGUACUCAGUCUGAUCUCCUGAAGUCAUAUUUUGUUUGUGUAAAGGAAGAAAAUUUGAAUGGUAUUUCUGUAUAGCAAAUUGAACUUGAGUAGUAAUGAAGUUAAUUUACCUAUCUUCUUUGUCUU